GUUCUCUGGAAGUGGGCGCCAGAGGCGCGGGACGCGAGUGGGGCGUGAGGAUGGGGAGGAGGUGCGCGCAGCUACAGAGGGCAUUUGUCCGAACACCGGCUUUGGCACCAGCGGGGAGUUGGCUCCCAAGCUGCCAGGCUCCUCGUUGGUGGACUUGAAGGGAGACUCGCAUAGUUCGGGGAGCCGUGGACUUGUCCGCGGAAAUCAAUGUUCUGGAAGUUUGCUCUUAGUGCGAAAUUGAGUGUGGCCUUUGGACACGGAGACUCCAAGUCCUGUGUCUACGAGGGGUCCGGACGCUACCCACCAAGUGACAGGGAGAGAGAAAGUACUUCAGUUCGUGUGUUGCUUGGGAACUGUGUCACCGUGGCUGGCCAGGGUGCCAGUGUUUCCUGGGUAUUGUUGAGUAAAGAGAGGGGUGGGGAAGAGUGUCCUGUUACUAAUUUGUGUGAAAUUUCUGGUUUGAUAUAUGCCGCGCUUGUGUAUGUGAGUGUGUCAGAGACAAACAGACGGAGAGACUAUGUAGAGAGUACAGUUAUGAAGCUGUGAAGUAACGAGGUGGGUAAAAUAUCCAGCACAGGCAUAUUUCUCAGGGGCUGUGGGGGUCAAGAGUCUAAUGUCUUUCCACUUUUUCUGGUUAGCCUCCUUCCCCAUUGAAGCAAGAUUCUGAGGGGGGGGGGGGCAAGGAAAACAGAAGGUGUAGAUGUUUGACUUUCUUUUUCAUUGUUAAUACGAUCAUCUAUGCUCUAGAAUGCCUUCCAAGAAGGAACAUCUGAAAAUUACUAGGAUACAAAAAUGCCUUGUUCCAGCAAGCCGGCAGACCAGGGCAGGCUGUAUAGGGGAGGUGUUCAGUUUGGUGUGUAGGAAAGCCCUUCUAGCAGGGGUGCCAACACCCGAUGAGCAGCAUUGCUGCAAUUGACCUAAGAUGCUUCUGGAAAAGUAGGGUCUGCUCUUCCCACCCCUUGGCCAUUAAAGAUGUUGAAAGAUAAGUUUCUUGGAAAACUACGUGCCAGUUCACCUGUUUCCCCAGUCUCAGUGCUCUGUCAAAAGCACGUUCAGAUUAUCUUCAGGCUGCCCAGGCCUCGUUCACUAACGUUUUUUAACUCAUAGGGGUGGAGGAAGAGGUUUCCUUAUUUUAUACUCUAGACCUCUACUUUCUUCCCCACUCCCCAAAGAAAAGCCAGUUUCACCACAGGGAAAAGAAAAAUCAGGGAAGGUUCCAAUGCUGUAUUUUAUUAAGCUCUAGUUUCCUCUUUUCGGGUCAGAAUUAAACUGAAAUGGAAAUGACACUCCCCCACCCCCAUACACCCUACCAAAGGGGCCAAUUUAUUACCUCCUAAGAAUUAAAUAAGUACAUGGGCUGCCUUUGAUUCUCCAGAACCCUCUCUCUGCAAGGACUUGCACAGUGUAACGGGUGGCAUUUUCUGUUGUUUUCAGCCACCUCUUUCACACCUUCCUUUUCACUGCUGGUUUCCAAUGAAACAAUCGCGGGAGGCAUAGAAGGGCCUGCCCGGUGAGUCUACAGAUGCUGGGCUAACUCUGUCCGGAAAGGCACCCUGAAGCGGUCUGUGUCUGUGUUUCAGGGAGGAGAUCUGACAGGCUCGGCUCUCCAAUGCUUUUCUAAAAAUCUUGGAAACUUUACCCUUCAUUGCUUUACGACACUGUCCACCUUUAAGUUCCUUGAAAACGCCUGUGCCUGUAACUCGGCUGAAGCCAUGCCUUGUGUUCAGGCGCAGUAUGGGUCCUCGCCUCAAGGAGCCAGCCCCGCUUCUCAGAGCUACAGUUACCACUCUUCGGGAGAAUACAGCUCCGAUUUCUUAACGCCAGAGUUUGUCAAGUUUAGCAUGGACCUCACCAACACUGAAAUCACUGCCACCACUUCUCUCCCCAGCUUCAGUACCUUUAUGGACAACUACAGCACAGGCUACGACGUCAAGCCACCUUGCUUGUACCAAACGCCCCUGCCCGGCCAGCAGGCGUCCAUUAAGGUAGAAGACAUUCAGAUGCACAGCUACCAGCAGCACAGCCACCUGCCCCCCCAGUCCGAGGAGAUGAUGCCGCACUCCGGGUCGGUUUACUACAAGCCCUCCUCGCCCCCGACGUCCGCCACCCCGGGCUUCCAGGUGCAGCACAGCCCGAUGUGGGACGACCCGGGCUCCCUCCACAACUUCCACCAGAACUACGUGGCCACCACGCACAUGAUCGAGCAGAGGAAAACGCCCGUCUCCCGCCUCUCCCUCUUCUCCUUUAAGCAGUCGCCCCCCGGCACCCCUGUGUCGAGCUGCCAGAUGCGCUUCGACGGGCCCUUGCACGUCCCCAUGAACCCGGAGCCGGCGGGCAGCCACCACGUUGUAGACGGGCAGACCUUCGCUGUGCCCAACCCCAUCCGAAAGCCCGCGUCCAUGGGCUUCCCGGGCCUGCAGAUCGGCCACGCGUCGCAGCUGCUCGACACGCAGGUGCCCUCGCCGCCGUCGCGGGGCUCCCCCUCCAACGAGGGGCUGUGCGCGGUGUGUGGCGACAACGCGGCCUGCCAGCACUACGGCGUGCGCACCUGUGAGGGCUGCAAGGGGUUCUUUAAGCGCACGGUGCAAAAGAACGCAAAAUACGUGUGUUUAGCAAAUAAAAACUGCCCAGUGGACAAGCGGCGCAGGAAUCGCUGUCAGUACUGCCGGUUCCAGAAGUGCCUGGCUGUGGGGAUGGUCAAAGAAGUGGUUCGCACGGACAGUUUAAAAGGCCGCCGAGGUCGUUUACCUUCCAAACCGAAGAGCCCACAGGAGCCCUCUCCCCCCUCGCCCCCGGUGAGUCUGAUCAGUGCCCUCGUCAGGGCCCAUGUCGACUCCAACCCGGCUAUGACCAGCCUGGACUAUUCCAGGUUCCAGGCGAACCCUGACUAUCAGAUGAGUGGAGAUGACACCCAGCAUAUCCAACAAUUCUAUGAUCUCCUGACUGGCUCCAUGGAGAUCAUCAGGGGCUGGGCCGAGAAGAUUCCGGGCUUUGCUGACCUGCCCAAAGCCGACCAGGACCUGCUUUUUGAAUCGGCUUUCUUAGAACUGUUUGUGCUGCGAUUAGCAUACAGGUCCAACCCAGUGGAGGGUAAACUCAUCUUUUGCAAUGGGGUGGUCUUGCACAGGUUGCAAUGCGUUCGUGGCUUUGGGGAAUGGAUUGAUUCCAUUGUUGAAUUCUCCUCCAACUUGCAGAACAUGAACAUCGACAUUUCUGCCUUCUCCUGCAUUGCUGCCCUGGCUAUGGUCACAGAGAGACAUGGGCUCAAGGAACCCAAGAGAGUGGAAGAACUACAAAACAAGAUUGUCAAUUGUCUCAAAGACCACGUGACUUUCAAUAACGGGGGUUUGAACCGCCCCAACUAUUUGUCCAAACUGUUGGGGAAGCUCCCAGAACUCCGUACUCUUUGCACACAGGGUCUACAGCGCAUUUUCUACCUGAAACUGGAAGACUUGGUACCACCGCCAGCAAUAAUUGACAAACUUUUUCUGGAUACUUUACCUUUCUAGACCUCCUCCCAUGCACUUCAAAGGAACUGGAAAGAACACCUAAAACUGUCCUGAGGGGGCAAAUCACAAGGGCAGAGAUAACCCCUUGAGCUGUCUCAGCUCUAGCCAUCCCACCCCUUCCAUAAACCCCCAGCCCCUUGAUCCUUAAAGGAAAACAAACAA